GCAUGUGUGUGUGUGUGAGAGAGAGAGAUUCUGGCUGUUAGCCUGUAUGUGUAUGUGUGUGUGUGAAGAGCGAGAGAGAGAGAGAGAUUCUGGCUGUUAGCCUGUGGGUGUGGGUGUGUUUUGGCUGGGGCUCCGUGUCUAUCUCUGAGCAUCUCUCUCUGGCUGGGUGUGUUGAGCAGAGAUCUCAGGCCCACACCCUGGGAGUGAUAAACUCGGUUGUAGGUAGAGCAAAUGUAACCUGUGCCGCACCUUUCCCUGGGCCUCCCCGCAGAGCGAACAGGCACAGCAACUUCUGCUUCUCCCCCCAGCCCAGGGAGGCAGUGGGGUCUACUGGUUAGAGCAGGGAGGCUGGGAGCCAGGAUCUGCCCCCCAUGGCCUCUCCUGCCCCCCAAUUGAGGUCUCUCUUCGAGGAAUUCUCCUGCCCCGUGUGCCUGGACUGGCUGCAGGAUCCCGUCACCCUGCCCUGCGGCCACGUCUACUGCCAGGGCUGCAUCGAGACAACGUGGGGCACCCUGGGUGUCCCCCCUGCCUGCCCUGAAUGCCGGGAGCCCUGUCCCGACAGGAGAUAUGCCCCCUGCAGGCUGCUGACGAAGCUGAUCGACCAGGCCAGGGGGCUGAGCCCUGGUGGGGCAGAGGAGGGGGCGCGCCCAGGGGGCAGGUGCCAGGAGCACAGCGAACCCUGGAGGGUGGCGGGUGGGGCAUUCGCCGGUGAGCUCUGCAGAGAACCAGCCACAUACGAAAACCUCCGGUUCCUCCCCAUCCACCAGGCCACUGGGCAGCAUCAGGAGGAGCUGUCCUCAGCCAUAGCCCAGCUGGAGUCUAGCCUCGCUGGGGUCCUGAAGCUGAAGACGGAGAAGGAAGAGAGGAUUUGGAACCACCAGGCGACGGUGCUCAGCCUGGAGGAUCACAUCUCCUCGGAGUUCGGGAAGCUGCGGGGCUGGCUGGCCACCCGGGAGGAGGAGUGGCAGGAUCAGCUGCGGCGGGCGGGCAGAGCCCAGCUGCGUGCGAUGCAGAGGAACCUGCAGGAGCUGGCGGGGAGAUGCCAGGCAGCCCAGGAGAUGCUCACCGAGGCCCAGGCCCGCCUGCCCCAGCAGAACACCAUGGAGUUCCUGACAGACAUAAAAUCUUCCCUGGACUGGAUGAAACAGCAACCGGCUACCCCUUGUGGGACGAAUACGGGGUCCCUAUCACAGACUCUGGGGCAAUUCAAAGGGCCGAUCCAGUAUACUGCCUGGAAGGACAUGAAAUCCAUCCUCAACAUAGAUCUCCCCCGGGUGACGCUGGAUCCCGCCACGGCUCAUCCCUGCCUGGUUCUCUCGGAGGAUCGCACCUGGGUCCGGGAUGGCCCCCUUCGCCGGCCCCUCCCCGACACUCCUGCCCGCUUCGAUUUCUGCGUGGCCGUGCUGGGCGCAGGGGCGUUCGCCUCUGGGAGGCGCUACUGGGAGGUGGAAGUCGGGGAGAAGCCGGCAUGGACGCUGGGCGUGGUCCAUGCCUCUGUCAGCCGCAAAGGGAAGAUCCAUGCCUCCCCCAGCAAGGGAUUCUGGGUCAUUCGGCUCCGGGGCAGGGCCGAGCUCAUGGCCAAGGACACGCCCCCAAUGGUGCUCCACCCCCAGGCCCUCCCCCACAGGAUUGGGGUGUACCUGGACUACGAAGGGGGCCAGGUUUCCUUCUAUGAUGCCCAGGGCAUGGCCCAUCUCUAUACGUUCAGCACCCGGUUUGCAGAGAGUGUGUAUCCCUAUUUCUGCCCCGGGCUCUACGAUUCGGGGGGGAACGCUACCCCCCUGAAAAUCUGCCCCUUGCCCUGAGCCAGCCAGUCCUCUGCCCUGGGGCCAGAUCGGAGCCAGCGCCCCCUAAAGGGGAAAGGCCCCAUAUCCCAUUCUCUGUCCCCCUGAGCCAGCCAGUUCUGUGCCCUGGGGGCAGAUCGCAGCCAACGCCCCCUAGAGGGGAAAGGCCCCGUGUCCCAUUCCCCAUCCCCUGAGCCAUCCAGUGGCUUUAUAAGCACCACCUUACACAUCGAAAAAAACUCUCAAACCCAUUGUGACGGUGCUGCCCGUGGGAGCCAGCUGAGGUUACUCAAUUAGGGUGAACUGCAAAUAAAAUGGGGCAGACAAUCCCCAAACGCUGGUGGAUAUUUCAAUACUUAGAUUUACCAACCAGCACAAAACAGCUUCUAUAGAACCUCACUGGUUACUCAGAGUCCAAACAACGCAGUUCCCUUAAAGUGCCCAGCGUCCGGCCUCCGUCCAGAUACACCUGUCAGAUAUGAUGGUGAUUACUGAAAAUCUUAUCUCAUCAUAUAAAAGACAAGGUUCUUCCAAUCCCAAAGGAUCAGCCACACACCCAGGUUCAAUUACAAUUGAGAUCUUAUCCAAAAUACACCCUAUAGUCAAUUCUUAUUAACUAAGCUAAAAAUUAUUUAAAAAGAAAAGCGAGAGAGUGUUGGUUAAAAGAUCAAUAUACAGACAGACUUGAAUUCAAUUCUUGAGGUUCAGACACAGCAGA